UCUUAACAGGUCUGAGUUCACUGGAGACGAUAACAUGAUUACGUUGUCAGUAAAUGGGUUGAAAUUGAAUCAAUCUGACUUUAUUAAAGACGGGGAAGGGGUUCUUAUUUGUGUAGACGACUACUUAGGAGAUAAGGGAAAUAGAACGCCGGAAUCUUCAUAUGAUCUUGUGCAGGUGAUUGUUUCCUAUAGUCUUCUCUCGAUAUCUGUCCUUUGCUUGGUUUUUACAAUUAUCACCUACCUGUUGUUUACAGACUUGAGAAAGGGCCUUCCCGGAAAAAAUUUAUUCAACCUCUGCGUUACUCUGAUGCUUGCACAGUUAUUGUUUCUAUUUAAUUAUGUACCCUCUCAAAACAAUGCUGUUUGUAAAGCGUUUGCUGUUGUGAUGCAUUACUGGUGGCUUUGUUCAUUUGCUUGGAUGACCGCAUGUGCUUUUCAUAUGUGUUGGACAUUUACGUAUCCCUUCAGUAUUGCCCAGUUAGACUCUUCGGACAUUCGUAAGUGGCAUAUCAUAUACUGCCUCAUAAGCUAUUGCUCUCCAUUAGUAAUUGUUAUCCCGUGUGUUGUUCUUGAUUUUUGUGAGUGCACCAGUGUUUCGAUAGGCUACGGCACAGGAGGUUCAUCGUGUUGGAUAGGCAACACUAUGGCACUUGCCUACAGUUUCGCUCUGCCCGUUGGAGUAACUAUUCUCUUACAACUUGGAUUCUUCAUUAAGACUGCUAUUGCCUUACGACCUGUUCCUAGUGUUGAACGUUGUGGUUCAGAUUACAACCAAUUUCUUGUUUACUGUAAACUAUCAACGUUAAUGGGUUUUGGGUGGAUCUUCGCGUUCUUCGCUGCAUUUACAAGUCUUUCAUUUAUGUGGUAUCUCUUUUACGUAUUUUCUUGUCUACAAGGUGCUUUUAUUUUCUUUUCUUACAUUAUGAAAAAGUCAACAUUGCAUCAGUAUCGAAAUUAUUUCAGAAAGAAAUCUCCAGGUCAUAUUUCAUCUACAUUUAUGAACAUGAAUACGCUCACAUCAGCUAAAAAUGCACGGAGCGCCACCUAUGUUGCAGUACCUGUAGUAACAGUUUCAAACAGCUUAUUGUGAAGUGUAUUUACUUUCUCUUGAGAGAUGCGCCAUUUGUUGGGUUUAAACUUUGCGUUUAUAGCUUAGCACAGUGUGGCAUUGUAAAUAUUCUCUCUGAGUCAUCUUUAAAAUUUUAUUUGUACGGACUAAUAAGUAUACUUACAAAAGAGUAAUGAUUUUGACCCCAU